AUUUGAUGUGUUUGCGGAUAGAAGCUUUCAAUUGAGAACCUUUCUCCACUUUUUACUGAUCAUGAAGACACAGACCAACUAUAUUAAGAUACUUCAUUUGCUGAUCUUGUCACAGAUGUUGGCAUAUUUGGCUCCUGUUACUGCUGCUGCUGCUGUACUUCCUCCUGAUGAAGCAACCUGUACCGUGAGAGUUAAUCAAGGUUCUGUAGUUUUCAAAAUCAGUUCGUCUGACCCAAAAAACAUAAUAAGCAUCCAGGCAAAAGGGACAUAUGUAGCAGAUUGUGACCAAGAUGCUUUACUCAGGCAAACAAACGAUACAAAUGCCUUUCUCGUUUCUUUGACUCAUAGCGGAGCAUGUGUUUUUAUCAUUAAUAAUUAUGAUGGAACUAUCUUUAGUGUAAAAAUUGAAUCAGCUACAUCGACCUUGACAGAAGUCUCAAUUGGAGGAGAACCUUUCACAGACUGCUUUAGCCCUUCGUUCGUUGAUUUAAAUCUGAUAGGGGAAGAAAAGUGCCACCAACAAAAACUCGGGACUAUCUGUAAGGACGAAGUUCCAGAUUGGGCUAAAGUCAUGCUUGUCUUGGAAACUGUGGUUAUACUUAUUAUUCUUGCAAGUGUGCUUUAUCGAGCCCCUUGGCGCAGAUGUCAGCGUUGUGAAAAGGAUCAGAAUUCGUCAACUCAUGUAAAGGAAAGAAGUGACAGCGAUGGUUCUGAUACGUGUUGUGCAGAGCCGCUACAAGAAAAUGGCAAUACACCACAUCAGCAGGGCAAGCCAGGAAAGGAACGUCAUGAUAGUAAUGGCGCUGUCAAGGAAGAGUGUCAUGCAAACGUGGAACAGGAACCUAUCGCAAACAAUAAGAACGGAAAGAAAAGACACGACAGUUUCGCUACAUACAAGAAUGAUCGCAAAAUGUCACCACAAAAAGCCACUCAUACAAAGUCAGGAAAACAACAGAUUGACAGAAAUGCCACUGCUAAAGAUGGGCAGAGGGAUAAGAUAGCACAACAGCCUUUCCGAAUGAGCACCCGGAAAACACAGAGAAGUUUUGGACCAAGUGAACCAGUACUCCGAAAUCGUUUUCAAGUGUUGGUGGACCCUGUGUAGAACAAUGACUUUGUAUUUCGAACUUUUGUCCUUCUUUUGAGAACCAGAAUCAUCCUAUAAAUGAAUUUAUAUACAGUGGGAAUUGUGUAAAUGUUAUUAUAUUAUAGUAAUGUGAUUUAAACCUUUAUGUAUUAAGCUGCUACACACACACACACACAUGUACAUGCCUCUAAUGAAUAGUAUUUAUUUUAAAAGCGGAUAAAAAUUGAAUAUUAAUAUGUUUCCAUUAAUAAUAUAAAUAUUAUGAUACAAACCAUCUUUGCCCUUGGUAAAACUCUUAAUUUAAGUGUCUUAUUCAUAAACAAAACCACUUGGUCUACAUAAGCAUCGCAUUUUUAGUACUAUGUGCAACAUUAGACUGUCAAUUUAUUUAUCUAGUUGAUUUUCGUUACAAAAUAGUAUUAUUUAUUUGAAGACACUGUAUCAUAAUAAUUGUGUGUAUAUGUAUUUUGUUUAGUAAAUCAUAGUAUUGGUC